UAACACUCAAUAACAAUAUUAUCAAAACACUUUGAUGUUCAAAAAAACUGAUUUUCAUUGAAGGGGUUGUAAUGCUGUGGAUAUCUAAACAUGAGCCAUAGAAAGGUGCUAAGUCGGUAUCAAAAUAGAAUUCAAAGCUAUCGCGGUCUCGACCGUGCGAAUGUUGGCAGCGGCCACUGAAAAUAUCGCCUUGCUCAAUGACGCUCGUAAAACGCCCCUAUCGACGCUCAGUAACGAUUCACAUCGCCUAUAUUUUAAAUAAUUUUCAAAGGCUAUUUUUUAUUUAGUAACAACACUUGACCAGCAUGUAAAAUUGGUUUCCUUGCUUUAAAAAAAACGCUUUGACCAGAAGCCUGUCUCAGACAACUGAAAACACUUCACCACAGGGGAUAUUAAUUGCAAAAGAAUCCCACUCACGGUUCCAAUUCCGUUUGAUACUGAGAAUGUUUAUACAGUUAAGCAUCUUGAGGUUAUGAAACAAUAGGGUCUUUGGAGUGUUGUGAAUAAUGCGGUCAGUGAGGAUUUUUGAUUGGUUAUCUGCAAAGCUUACGGGAUACCCACCUAGCAGUUUUGAAAAUCUAAAAAUAUUCAACAAAAAAGUGAAAUAAUUUUGACAUGGAUAUCGGUAUGAUACGAUCUUUCGUGUUUAUAUUUACAUAAGGAUUACAUUGGACAAAAAAUGUUACUCCAAGCGACAGAAAUUGAAUGCGACGAAGAAGGAACGAAUGCUGCGAUGUACGACUUUUAGUGGCAAAACAUUAGAUUUUUUUUACAUCUCAAAUCACUGUUAGAAUAUGAUUGGAAUAGUUCGAAGUGUUGGCUUUGAAUUGUAUUACAUAAUUUCUUCCGUCCAUCAAAAGAGAAGAAUACCAUCAUACAGAAAAAAGAUUGUAAAGAUGUUGUCACCGUCAGAGCUGGUGAACACGUUGCUCUUCUUGUUCUGUUCGUUGUUCCUGUUGUCGGAGUGCUCUAUAAUUAGUGAUCCAAAAUCCACAAUAAUAUGUAUAACUGAGCCCACGCAGUAUAACUUUACGUUUGCACUUGGGAUUAAUGCUGGCACCUUUCAAGCAAUUGACACAGCCAGUAAAAUGCCUCAAUGCAUUCGAGAAUCUUGUCGGCGGAAAGGCGGCCAAGUUGCAUUUGUUAUUGAAAAUAGCUGCUUUAUGGUCAGUUGUGACAAUGCCGAUCAAUGCCGAACGGUGCCCGACGAUUCUCCGAAUUUUUUACGAACAGAAAUAACGCAUUAUAAAUCAUUUGAUGCCGCUCCCGAAAUUCAAGCUCUUCCUGACACUGUUUAUGUGAGCGAGAACAACAUGCCAAAUGAGAAAGUUCUUGAUCUCUUUGGAACAGCGAUCAGUCGAUCAACAUUCGAGCGUCUCAAUCCAAGCAACGCGUCAGUAUUUUUUAGCAUAAAGAAAGGGAAUGUUGGCAACGCUUUCAAGAUUCUACAGUUCCCAUACUCAAAUAACGCUUCGCUAGUUACGAACACUCGCCUGGACAGAGAAAAUGUGUCGUACUACUACCUAACAAUCCAAGCAACAAACGUAGAAGAACGAAAAACCAGUACAAAGACACUGCGAGUCCAAGUAGUAGAUCGUAAUGACAAUGCCCCGGUGUUUCCAAAUCCAAAUUACCGCAAAACAAUCUACAGUAAUAUCUCUAUUGGAACUGAAGUAUUCAGAGUGAACGCUAUUGAUACCGAUACCGGAGCAAAUGCACAAAUACGGUAUUAUUUAGCCAAUCAUAAAGCACAGUUCAACAUCGUGCCGGAGACCGGGAUUAUUGUACUGAAGCAAAAACUCCGUAUAGACCGCACUUUAGCGUAUACUUUGAUUGUUGCUGCAAUUAACGGGCCACAUCGCGCUAUAACAACAGUGAGAGUCAAUGUUAUCGCGGUCAACGAAUUUAGACCUUACUUUCAACGACUGAAUUACAGAGUGCAGGUGUCCGAGGCGGUUGAAAUAGGGACAUCAGUGGUUCGGAUAUCUGCCAUGGAUAGCGAUACAGGGCUUUUUGCAAAGAUUAGGUACACAAUAAUCAACGGAUCAAAGACUUUGUUUGAAGUCGAUGAAAAUGGCGACCUUAGGAAUCUGCAAUCUUUGUUCGGCAUGGGCGGGAAACGCUUUACCUUAAAAGUUGGAGCACGAGAUGGGGGGAACCCACCCCUUCACGCGCUCCAGGACGCAAAGAUUGUCAUCAAUGUCAUCAGGAUGGAUCGGCACAAAGUUAAGUUCGACGUGCCUAAAUACAACAUUCCUAUAUUGGAGAAUAUCCCAGUUGGUUCUAGCAUUCUCACCGUGCGUGCUAUAUCUGGUUUGAGUCCAGAAAACCUAGACAACUCUCGCCGUGCACAGAGACGGUUCGGUAAGAGCAGCAAAAGGAUUGUGUACACUAUCAGUAACAAGGAUUUGAGUUCCAGGUACUUCAGGAUUGGUAAACACACUGGUACAAUAUAUACGAACAGAAAAAUAGACUACGAGAAAAACAAAGAGUUCAGGCUCAAUGUCAUUGCGAAAGAUGUCCAAGCAAAGAGACGUGGGCAUCGCAUUCAAAGAGAUAACGCCACAGUGACAAUCAAAGUCAUUGAUCUCAAUGACAACAUACCAACAUUUGUUCUAUCAUUGUAUGAAGAGAUCGUCAACGAGAACACUACACUAGAUUCCUCAAUACUACGCGUAACCGCUGUGGACGCUGAUUCCGGGCUCAAUUCCAAAAUCCAAUACGCCCUUUUACAUGGCGAUGACGAAAACAUUUUUACACUCGACUCGAACGACGGCACACUGAGACUGCGCAAGUCAUUGAGUGGAUUUCACAAUAAAUUCUUCAACCUCACCAUUGUCGCUACGGACAAGGGAAAACCGCCAAGAACAUCUCGACCCGUGUCCGUUUUCCUGAAAAUUCGACGGCGUCAUAUAGGCGGGACUGUGUUGCCAACUUUAACAACUAGACAUGAGAUUGAAGUGAAUGAAAGCUGCCCUGUGAAAACUAUUCUGGCUACCGCUGACCAGCUGCUGGCAAGCGGCGGUAAUGGAGAUGCAUGGCGAGAUAAAAGUCGUUUUAGUUACUUCUUAGCGGAAUACUACAUGUCUCAGUGCAGUGAGAGGUAUUACUUCGACGUUAAUUCUCGAGGUGAAAUAACACUAAGAAACAAAUUGGAUUAUGAGAAGAUGAAAUCGUGUGCUUUUUACUACACUUCUAUAGAUUCCGCCAACAACAAGCAGGGUGGUAUUGACAGAACCAUAGUUGUUGUGAAAGUCUUGGAUGUGAACGAUAAUCGGCCGACAUUCCGACAACACAAGUACAAUGUUUUAUACACGAGUGAGCCAAAAUUGUUUUCAACUGUCGCUUCUGUUAAGGCUUUCGACGACGACUCAGGGGAGUUUGGCAGAAUGACAUACUGGAUGAAAGGAAACCAUGAUGGUUAUUUUAAGAUUGAUCCUGAAACUGGUGUCAUAAAAGUAGCCAAAGACCUCCAGCACAAAACUCUUGGUCUGUUCCAUAUGAGUGUUUCAGCACAUGACCAUGGUAAACCUCCACUAGUAAGCAGAAGGGAGGCCGAUGUGAAUGUACUGGUUUUUCAGCCAUACAGUACUCCAACAAUUUUAGUAGAAACAACAGAUCAAACAAUGACAAUGCAGUUUAACUUGAAGUAUGUUGACUUGCAAAAUGUUGCAAAGUUUGUCAUCAUUGUACAAGAGCAUGCCCCAGAUCAAGAUAUGUUCACUGAAUAUACCAAAUUAAAACCAUUAACAUGGUAUCUUGUCAACUUCAUCCGGAAAGCAAACCAAAACCUCCGUCGUUACAUGAGUAAAGAGGUCAACAACAGUAAGCAAAUCACAGAAUUUGGUAUGUUUCAAGUUACCAUUGGAGACCAGAAUAACUGCAAUAGCAAAGCAAAAGCACGCAAUAUCUGCAGUGGGCCUCUUAACCCUGGCUCAAAAUACAGGUUCCAAUUACGAAUAUUUCUCAAAAAUACCGGCCCUUUUAAAGAAGAAAAGUUCAAGGACAGCUACUUCUCAGAUUCUUUUUUCACUGGACCUGGCAAAGCAGCAAAGACGUACAGAAAAGAGGGAAGACGUAAUUAUGAUGCUGUUGUUUACAGCGUUGGAGCUGCUUUAGUUCUUGUAAUUGUAUUGGCUUUCUUAAGAGGAUUCUAUCGUCUUAAACUCGACAGACUUAGAAUCCAUGAAGAGAAGAAAAGAAGGAUAUCAUUUCCAGUCAGUAAUCCAAGAUUUCAAGAUCCAGAGUCACCAGUAGAAAAAAUCAAAACUCCAGGAGAAGGAAGAAAACUUAUGACGAGUAUUCACACCGAGAAGGGAUCAGAAAUUGGAAGAAGUGACGAAGAUGAAGGUUCUUCACCAGACUCCGCUCUAGCGGACGAUAAUGAUAACAUAAAGAUAGACAUAAAGGUUUUUAAUCAAAACGAGAAAGGAAGUGAGACAGAAACCCAAAGCAUGAUGGCAGACGAAUCGACGAGACCCUUACAAAGCAGCAGACAGAAACCAACGCUACAGGAUAUACGACUGAAAAGUUACUUCCACUCGGUCGACACCGACUCUUGCAAUUCCUGUGAUGGUGUUCGAGUAUACUACAUGCAAGAAUCCACCGCGUGACGUCACAAACACAUUCCCUUUUAAGGGAGACUGUAGUCGAUGGAUCUUGCUGGACAAGCAUUCAUGCAAGCACGUGACAGGCCACGUGAUCAAUGCGGUUUGGCGUCAAUUUUUAUAAAGGAGUAAAAAUAUUGGAAUUGAUAAUGACUGCACGUGAUGUGUCAUAUGACUCGUCAUGUGAUUGACGUAAUUUUUUAUAUAUGGUGUUGCCAUGGCUAUAGUGAAUUCAAGGGCAAGUAUUUCGAAGAAUAAGAUAUUUAUGUUGAAUAGAGCUCGACAAAACCAAAGAACGGUUGAAAUGGCUGCGCUUUUGAUAGAUUGAUAAAAUCUAAAGUUGAUGAACAAGAAUAGAAUAAUUCCGAGGUCCUGAUAUAUACAGUUAGUGUAACAAGUCCCAGGCCUCUGUGAUAGUAACGGUACUAAGAAAUGUUGUACAUUUAGUAAUAUUAUAUUUUAACUAUAUCAAAGAAUUUGCUGGCUUAAUUCGAUUAGGUUAAAUCAAUUUGUAUCUCCAAAUACUAAAAACAUUGACAGUUGCCUUAUUUGAAAGUUUUGCCCAAAUAUGGAGUGCGCUCUCCCAAAUAUGGAGUGCGCUUUCCGCGCAAAGUAUUAAUAAUGUGUUGUUGCUUCAACUACUUAGUAUACGAAAUAUCGUACUUUUUAUAUACAGAAUGGCCGUGUUUACAGUGUAAAUUAUAUAUAGAGAUAUUUAUUCAUAAAGAUAGACUAUACAAUCUUUCAAUUUUGCGUUUACAAGGCUUUGGCAUAGCUUGGUAAUAUUACGACGAGUUGGAGUCAAACUUUGUGGACUUGUCCUUUGUUUAAGUAAAAGUCGAGUUAUAAGCUGGAUCUAGUCGAGAUAACGUUUGAAUAAAAACCAUUUUAUUGAGGUUA